CUGAUGAGUGGUGCCGUUUCGAAGGUCGAAUCAUCCUGCCCUUAUGCCCACACAUUCUGGUACCCAAAUGCUGACAUUGGCUCGAACAACAGGCCCUGUCGCAAUGUCCCUCUCAAAUGCAAGUUGUGUCACCCGUCUUUGGCGCCCGUCACCGGCAAGAAAAGUUGCACUGUUGCUCCCUUCAUUGAUGCUGUUUGGCGUUACAACAUGAUCCAGCAUCUUGAAGAACUCCAUCCUCAGUAUGCGCACCCAGAGAAGCUCAUUGGACAUCCUCUCCCUGUGCAGAUCCUCACCUCCUUCACACUGACUGCUCUCGAACAGGAAGACGCGAAUAUUCCG